UUACUACAGCUGACAGGCUUCGGUAUAUAUAAGCUACACUUUAUAGCAGCGAAGAAAUAUAGCGCAAGCGCUGAAUAUUUUCCUUCACUAUUCAAACCAGAUUCAACAUGGCUUUGCUUCCUCCUGGUGGACUUCCAGAGAUUGUCUUUUCCUUCGACACAACCGGCUCUAUGAGCAGUUGUCUGGCCUCUGUCCGAGGUCGACUCCAGGACAUGAUACAGCGACUCCAGGCUGACAUCCCCGCCAUCAGAAUGGCCGUCUUCGCACACGGUGACUACUGUGACAAACACAACUAUGUCACAAAGUGGAUCGACUUCUCCACUAAUGUCAAGGAACUUUGUGACUUUGUCAAUAACGUCAGUAGCACUGGAGGCGGAGACUCCGACGAAUGUUACGAGCUCGUUCUCAGACAAGUGGGGGAGGAGUUGUCAUGGACACCAGGAUCAAAUCGUGCCCUCGUCAUGAUUGGCGACGCCAACCCCCAUGAGCCAGACUACUCCGACAACAAACUCAGGAUAGAUUGGAGGGAAGAGAUUCAAACCCUCAAUAAAAUGGGAGUGAAGAUAUAUGGGGUAGAGCGUGGAUCUGGCACCAUGGAAUUCUACAAGAGAAUGUCACAGGAGACAGGAGGGCGCCAUCUUCAACUUGACAGCUUCUCCAAUGUCUUUGAUUUCCUCAUGGCCAUCUGCUACAGGGAACAUGGAGCAGACAUGUUUGAUGUCUACGAGAAAGAGGUCCGAGGUCGUUGUGCUGAAGGCGCCCUCAGCAAGGACAUGGAAAAAAUGUUUACAUCGCUACGUGAUGGAGUAGCCUCCCUUCCAUCGUCAAAGAAGACCACAACUGGUUGCAGUAAGAAAGAUGUGACGGUCCCCACAUUAAAGAAAACUACAUCCUUCACAGGAAUUAGAAAGGCCAAGCCUAAAUCUAUCAGGAGACCAGGAACAAAAUCACUGAAGAAACCAACAAAGUUCGUGACACCUCUUCUGAGAAGAGAGGAAGUCUUCGAGAAUAACUUCAGCUUAAGAGACAUGGACUGGUCGCCCUGGGUUAAAGUUAUCUCCCCUAACGUUCCCCUCAAACAGGAAACACAAUGGGCUAAGAGACGGGGUGCCAACCCUGGAUUCAGGAAGAAGACCGUCUUCAAGUCCCAGAACAAUAAGCCAGCUCUCUAUGAGAUCAGUGUUCAGACCACCAGGUUUGGUCGUAGGUGUGUCGUUUUCAGCAAGUUCUGUCACCACAUUCCUGAUAAUGUGAACUGGGAAACAAGACUCCUUGGAAAUAAAAUUGUCAGAGCUCAGGUGAACAAUGUUGUGUCUCAGAACUGCAGUGUCUUUGUGCGGAGGUUGGUGUACAGAAGAGCAUCAGGUCAAGUCAAAACAGCCGCAAUGAUGAAGUCCUAUGACUAUGCUUGGAGGCGUUUGAGGAGGGCACGAUCUACUGCUCGACAUGUUUACAAACAAGGCAGCACAAUUUCAUCAGACAAAAUAUAGAAUGCUUUUGAACACAUUCUAUGGCAUAUUUAAAUAGACUUGAUAAAUGGACGUUUUUCUUAAGAUGCCAUAUAUCAAAGGGCAUUCUUUCUACUUCUGAGAUAUGAGAUGCCAUAUGUUUGGCAUUAUGUUCCAAAAACAUCGAGAUUCAGUCUCGUAUUAUUUUGUGAGUCCAUGAUGUUUUACGCGAGAAGUGUGUCCCAACGAAUGAAAGAGACUUAUAAACGUUAUUUUAUAUUGUUAUGUGAAAAUUGUACAUAUGUCAUUGUUUAUGUUACAGUUGUUUAUGAAACUCACUCAUGCAUGCAUUUUCCCCUUGUGAACCAUGUGCAAUGUUAGAACAGGAACUAAUAAAACAAACCACCUUCAUAAAGUGUAUUUUCCUUGA